AUGAAAGCACGAGUGGAUUGGGACGAUCCGUUGGUUAAGGACUUCUUAGCAGACUUAUUAGCCCGCCAUAGAAUCCACGGAUGCGCAUGUGACAGCUGCUCCUUAUCAGAGGUUCUUGCAGGCUUCUUCGCCCCACAGCCAUUCCGCUUUGAGCCAUACGACCUUCUCACCAACAUCGUCAAGGCUCGACGACCGAGUGAGGCUCGGGUGGAAGCUGACAGCGAUAGAGAAGCGGCCAGGUGGCAGCGGCGUCCUACGACACUCCCGAGGGCUCCAAGCAGCUCUCUGCACGCUCCCUGCUGCUCACCCGUGCCCUCAUACGUUGCUGCUGACCUCCUCAAGCCCUACUUGGCCGCCUGGUGCGCUAUAUCCGGGAUGAGACACCUUGUGUUCGGGGCUCUUGCUACCUGCGAUCACCAACCCGUCCACCCGACUCUGCUGCGGCAGACCUACAUGGCUCCAACGGCCCUCCUAUUUCCUGUGGCCCUCCCAAUGUCUGCGGCUCUCCCAUUCUCUGCCGCCCAACCAUUCCCUGCUGUCCGCCCUGUCCCUGCUGCCCUCCCAUCCCCUGCUGCCCGCCCCUUCCCUGUGGCCCGCCCCUUCCCUGUGGCCCGCCCCUUCCCUGUGGCCCGCCCCUUCCCUGUGCCCCUCCCAUUCCUUGUGGCCCUCCCAUUCCUUGUGCCCCUCCCAUUCCUUGUGGCCCUCCCAAUGUUUGCGGCUCUCUCAUCCUCUGCCGCCCUCCCAUUCCCUGCUGCUCGCCCAUUCCCUGCUGCUCGCCCAUUCCCUGCUGCCAACCCAUUCCCAGUGGCCCUACUAUUCCCUGCUGCCAACCCAUUCCCAGUGGUCCCCCCAGUCCCUGCUGCACGCCCAAUCCAUGCUGGAGGCACAUUCCCUGCUGCCCACGCAUUCCUUGUGGCCCAGCCAAUGUCUGCGGCCCGCCCAUUCCCAGCUGCCCGCCCAUACCCUGCUGCCCUACCAUUCCCAACCCUAGCAUCCCUCCCAACCCCUGCUGCCCUCCUGUGUCCUGCUGCCCUUCCGUUUCCUGCUGCCCUCCUGUUCCCUGCUGGGGAGGCAUUCCAUGCUGCCCACGCGUUCCAUGCUGCCCUUGCAUUCCAUCCAGCCCUUCCAACCCUCGAAGCCCUCCCGUUUCCUGCUGCCCUCCCCUUCCAUUCCUCCCACCUCUCCCUUGCUGCCCUCCCCUUCCUUGCCUCCCUCCUCUCCCUUGCUGCCCUCCCCUUCCAUUCCUCCCACCUCUCCCUUGCUGCCCUCCCCUUCCGUGCCUCCCUCCUCUCCCUUGCUGCCCCCCCCUUCUUUGCCGCCCUUCCCUCUCAGGUCCUUCCCAACAAUCUGCGCCUCCACCCUCUUCUGUGGAAGUCACCACCCCGGACCUGCCUCUACCUCUCCCUCCACCCCUUCCCUGUUGACUUCUACCUCGACCACGCCCUUCCUCCGAACGCCCCACAUGCACAUCGUCGUCGCCUAUGUGCCCCUCCACUUCCCUCUGUAUGUUGA